AUGUGGGGAGCGCUAAUUAGGGGAAGCAACCGAGGGAGGAACUCGGAGAGAGAGAGAGGGAGAGACUUGUGGAAAAGAGCGGGACAAGGAAUACCGCACAGAGCGAAGGAGGUGGGUGGCGGGAAGGCCGUCGCCGCCGUCGUGAGGGUGAGAUGUGGUGAGCAAGAGCGGGAGGUUGGGGUGGGGUGCGCGGUCAGAGAGACCCAGCGACCCAGCCGUACAUUACACACAACAACCACACACACGAGAGAGUGAGAGAGAGAGAGAACGCCCACCAACAACCGCACCUACGACAACCGACCCCACCCCGGCCCUUUUUUACACGACUCGCCCACCCCAGCCAACCACGAGCGGCGAGAGAAGGGAGGGCGGCGGGGGGGGGAAAGAGAAGCUCGUUCUCCCUCACCAUCGCCACCACACACGCACGGGCAACAGAGGAGAGAAGGAGGAGAGAGAGAGGGAGGUGAGAGAGGCGAGAGAGGCGCGGGGGUGAGCCCCCAAAAUGGCGGCGGACGACCGCUCCCGUGCCGACAGCGCCAAGCAGAAGCGCGCCGCGCAGCUCAAGCGCUGGGCCGGCUCCGAGACGGACCUCGAGACGGCGGUGCUGCGUCGCAAGAAGAGCAAGGUGAAGUUCGACGACGGGGCAGUGUUCCUGGCCGCCUGCUCGAGCGGCGACACGGACGAGGUGCUCUCGCUGCUGGAGCGCGGCGCCGACAUCAAUUACGCGAACGUGGACGGGCUCAGCGCGUUGCACCAGGCCUGCAUUGAUGAAAACUUCGACAUGGUAAAAUUUCUGGUGGAACGCGAUGCCAACAUCAAUCAGGCGGACAACGAGGGCUGGACUCCUCUGCACGCUGCUGCGUCCUGCGGCUACAUCGACAUUGCCAAGUACCUGAUCGCGCAUGGCGCCAAUGUGGCAGCGGUCAACAGCGAGAGCGAGCUGCCCCUGGACAUCACCGAGGACGAGGCCCUGGAGGACAUGCUGCAGGAGGAGCUCAGCAAACAUGGCGUAGACCAGGACGCGGCACGCAAGGAGGAGGAGCAGGUGAUGAUGCGCGACGCUCGCCAGUGGCUCAACAGUGGACGCAUAGACGAAGUGCGGCACCCUAAGUCGGGCGGCACCGCUCUGCACGUGGCCGCCGCCAAGGGCUACAUCGACGUCAUCAAGCUGCUGCUGCAGGCGGGCUUCGACGUGAACGUGCGAGACAACGACGGCUGGACUCCGCUGCACGCCGCCGCGCACUGGGGCAAGGAUGAGGCGUGCCGCGUGCUUGUCGAGAACUUCUGCAACAUGGAGGCGCUCAACAAAGUGGGGCAGACGGCGUUCGAUGUGUCCGACGAAGACGUGCUCAGCUAUUUGGAAGAGCUGCAAACGAAGCAGAAAACGAUGAAGAUCGAGAAGGAGAAGCAACCCAUUAACAGCGAGAUAAUCGAGUCGAAUGACACCAACUCCAUCAAAUCUAGAGGGAAGGAGGGUGAUGGUGAGAGCAAGCACGACGAGACGAGCAGUUCCAGCUCCGAGGAGGAGGACGACGAGGAUGAGGAGGAGGACCAGGAGGGUUCUGAGGCCGAGUCGCAGCCCGAGAACCACACAGGGAAAAACCGGCCAUCCGUCAAGGAGAACAACAACAACAACAAGACCACGCCCUCCCCGGCCCCGCUGACGGUGACGAACACCCAGCCGCCCGCGGCCGCCACCACCACCACCACCACCCCGACGUCGCCCUCCAGGAAGGAAGAUGCCGAUGUUGAAAUGAAUUACUGUAUUCCUGUGUUGCAUCCGAGUGUGUUCCCGAGCUCGUUCCCGCGAGCCGGCGCGGGCGGCAUCGCCGCUCCCAAGGAGGAGGAGAAGAAGACCGUGGACGUUGCGCCCCCUGCCAGCGCACCCGCCUCAUGGCGCUCGGGCCUGCGCAAGACCGGUAGCUACGGCGCGCUGCCUGAGGCGGCGGCGGCGGCGGCGGCGGGAGCGGCGGGAGCGGGCGAGCCGCCGCGUGACGCCCUCCGCGAGAGGGGCGACGUCACGCAGGCCGGCUCGGGGAUCGCCCGCUCGGCCUCGAGCCCCCGGCUCACCACCACCGAGACGCGCGAACGCGAGAGGGCGUUGCUGGCGCAGCCGGCAGGAGAAAGGGACAGCCUGGGCACGAAGCUCGCCCGCGUCCCUCCGACCAUCAGCGACAACAAGUUCGCGUUCCCGCGCAAGCUUGGGACUGCCGCCCUGGAGGAGAAGGAGAAUAGGGACACGGUGGGGAUGCUUUUAGCUCGAAGUAGCUCCUACACCCGACGGAGAUUCGAUGAUUCGAGCGAAAACACUGCACCCGCGUACCAGCGCAGCAGCCCCAACGGGAGGCACGGCGGAGAGGUCUCUUCUUCUGACUCUUCCUCAGGCCUCUCGCCCUCCUCACCCCCUCCGGUCCUCCCCACCUCCACGUCCACCACUCCUGUGCCCACAGUCCGUGUCUCGGACGACGUUACGAACGUUACUAGCACUGCCCCAGUCUCUGCCGUAGCCCCCUCAGUGGGCAGUAGCUCGGCCAUCUUUCGCUCUCGGGUCGAGGAGGCCCCCGAACGGGGCAGCAGGGAGGGCAUCGGUGGCGGCAGUGGUGGCACCGUGCCCGCCGUCACCGUGACGGUCCCGCCCACGGUGUCGGGAGGCUCGGCCCCGUCCCUGGAGUGCGGGGCGGCCCUGUCCGGGGAGAACAGAGAGCGACGCAGGUCAUACCUCACGCCUGUACGUGACGAGGAGUCGGAGUCGCAGAGGAAGGCCAGGUCCAGGCAGGCCCGGCAAACGCGUAGGUCGACCCAGGGCGUCACCCUGACGGACCUACACGAGGCUGAGAAGAUCCGGCGCUAUGGCUCGGACAAGCGCGGGGGCCGCGAGCAGCCUGAGGAGAAGGAGUCCGCGGAGCGACUCGACGACAAGAAGGACACGGAGUCGCGGGAGGCGUCGGACGCGCGGGGGCGGCCCUCUCGCACCUACGGCAGCGACACCCAGGACGGUGCCUACCAGAGGUUGCGCCCUUCGGCGUCGCUGGCGCCGGCGGUCGGGGGGUCACCGGCGGGGAGGGCGGGCGGCGGAGGGAGCACGGGGUCGGGUCUCGGCGGCGGUGGCUCGACCCGUGUGCCCACGGUCACCGUCGUGGAGCCAGAGAGGGGCGAUUCGGGCGAGGAGGACAGCCAGACGGAGGGAGACAAGGGCAAGAACAAGUUGUCGGUGGUGCGGGAUCGGCGCCGCCCACGGGAGAAACGCAGGUCCACCGGCGUGUCCUUCAUGAGCCCCGACUCUCAGAGCGACGAAAAUGACCACGAUCUGUCGGAUGAAGAAGAAGAGAGUGAAGAGGUGGAAAAGGAAGUGAAAGAGGUGCGUCCAAAGCCCGACAAAACCACAAGUUCCAUCCUCCACUCGGGCCCUAUCCCCGCCCGUCGCCCUCCCUGGCCUGGCCUGUUGGGCAGUGGGUUGUUCAACACAGUAGCGACGAGCACGAGCCUCUCGGAGAACUACAGCGAACGGUACGCAGAUCGGAUGAGAAGCGUAGCGGCAGGCCGGCCUGGCCGCCCCGUGCCCUCCUUGGCCCCCGCCCCGCAGCCCACGGAGCUACCGGACACAAAGGACUACCGCAAGCUGUAUGAGCAGAUGAGGAAGGAGAACGAAGAGAUGAGGAAGAAGUUGCGGGACGCACAGCUUCAGCUGGCCGAGACCAAGGUGCAGCUGGAGAGGGUGACACAGAGACAAGAGCGUUUUGCUGACAAGACGUCGCUGUUGGAGGCAGAGAAGAGGGAAAAAAGAGCCCUGGAGAGAAAAGUUUCAGAGAUGGAGGAGGAGAUGAAGCCUCUGGAGCAGGGUCUCGGAGACCUGAGGGCUGACAACCAGAGACUGAAGGACGAGAACGCUGCGCUGAUUAGGGUGAUUAGCAAGCUGUCCAAAUAGCAGCGAUCCGCUCCCCCGCCCCAGUCGUCCCAGUCGCCCGCCCUCACGCAGGGGGGAGGGGGUGGAGAGAGCCGCAAGCCGGACGAUGAAGCACAUCCGUGAACCCGUCCGCUGGCUGUUCCCGGCGCUGGUGGACAUCGUACUCCACUGACCACCACUACUACUUACCCUCCCCCACUUCCCCCCACCCUGGCUCAGAGACUUGACGUGGACGCACGUCCUGGAUGCCACUCUGCACUGCCAAUUGCGAAGGCGGUAGAAUCUGCCGCACCGAAGACGGUUGGGGGGGGAGGUGGCGACAGUCCAUGCUGGUUAAUGCAGCCGCAUGCGCGUGCAUGCGUACGAUUAGCCUUACAAGAAACCACGUUGUGUUGCCGAGUGUGCGCGGUGUUGACCGAGUGAUUGGGAUGGGGGAGAGACGGAGAGAGGGGGGGGGUCAUCGCGGUCUGAGACUGCAAUUGCUUUUUCCUUUGCAGGCGUUUGUGUGUGUGCUCUGUGUAGCCGCUGGGGGGGGGGGGUGGUACAUGUGAUUUGUGUUUCUCAGCUUGUGGCGUUAAAGGUCGGGAGAGAGAGGGAAGUGGAGAGAGGGAAGGGGACAGGAAAGGGGCUGCGUGUGCCAUUCCGUUCAUUUUACCAUUAUUCUUAUCACUAUUGAUAUUUUAUUUGUUUUAAUAUUAUUCCCAAAUCCCGUUCCAUUGAGUACACAGUUCGUUUUGUGUUGUCCCAUCUAUGGUCACUUGUUUGUUUAAGGGCAAUGAGCAAACGAACGAAACAGCUUUAUUACAGCAUCGCGUAUUCAGGCUUGCACGGUUGCUCCCAAAUCACCUUUGGCAUUGAACCACUAUCUACUCACCCGUGCACCCCCCCCCCUUCCCGAGAGAGGAGGUCACGACACUGUGUAUGUUACCCAACCAAGUGUGUACUCGUACGGUCAGGUUAAGGAGGUGGCCGGGGGCAUUUCUCUAUGGCUCCGUGUGAGAAUGUCCGCCAAGCCAACUCCUGUGUAAAGCUCACAUUUGCGCGCACAGCCACUUGGGCUGGGUGACCAGAGAUCGUUACGGUCUGAGCACCUCCUUGCUCAAAAGAGCAUUAGUUGACACGUAACUCCCCUUGGUGGCCCUGUUUGGACUGGGGGAAAUUCGACGUGACCAUUAUUCAGAUUUGUCCUAUAGGAGGAUGUGACCACUGUUGACUUCCCACAAAAGGUGGUACCUGUUUUAAUUCUUAUCGACUCUAGGGGAAUGAUGGGACCGAGUCUCAACUGACGAUCUGGAUUUGAGUUUUGCGACUUUCCCAUUGCAGGUUGAGCGUGCCCGCGGCACGUUGCCACUCGGUCGGGCACGACGGUGUGAGGGUUCAAUAAAUUAACAAAAAAUCUGCUCGGCUGAGUGUGAACGAGAGUAUCCCCGAGGCCUCUCGCCUAAAGCCCCCAGCUUGCAAGCGUUACAUUUGCUACGUUAUUUUAAUGCUCAUGUUAUAUAUUUUUUGUUGACUUGAAAUAAAAGGCAUGUAACAGUAUAUCCUUCAGAUUGCCAUGCUAACGCAGUCAGUGCAUUGACCUCUUAUGUCCACCAAUACAUUUCUAAAGGGCAAAAGGGCUUUGACAUCGGUGACCCGGCAACAAAAUGCGCUUGCGCGUCCAUGGGCAACUUUAGGAAAUGCAUGCACCAGUUGAGCCAGAUUAGGCAGAAGAAAACCACGGUUUUUUUAAAAUUAAGAAACCCAGAUUUAUACAUGUGUUGUCACACAUGAAGUUUGAACCACAUUUCCACAGCAGCCUCUUUGCAGACCUCAUUAGCUGUUAGUUUGGUUUUGGUUUAUUUUUUGUAUCUAAUCUUUCCCAAAACAUGUUGGGCCUGAUUCAUGGGUUGGUUGAAACUGCUGUCCUGGCUACUUUUCCAACAAACAAUGACAAACUGUCUUUUUUACCUUCGGUGUACGAGUCGAGGGGGGGGGGGGGGGGGGCUCAGUAUAUGUGUCUGCAGAAAAUAACUUUCCACCAACAUUUGGUGGGAACAAUGCAAACGCCAAUUUUUGUUGUUGCAUGUUUGACAAUCUUCCAAUAUAAAUUGGAGAAUCUGCUAAAAAAAAAUUGGCUGCUGACAGAUGGAGCCCAAGGCAUUAAGUCAGUCUGUGUGGUACAUUGCAUUCGGUGAGAAAAAAAAAGAGAUUGUCGGCCUUACGGUGCAAACAAGCUGUGUGAAUGCAUUGCUCUUAACACUGGUAUUAUUAAAUUGGUGUGACUGAACUGUUCAUGUCGGCUAAGUUCAGUUCUCAAGACGGGCAAUAGAUGGGGUCUGCUACGCAACAUUAUUGCCUGGGCAUGCUAUCCAUCACUUGUUAAAAGUGAACAUUAGCCACGUGAUGUUUAGUAAAACAAAUAUUUUGAAGUUUGUGAUUGCCUUCAGAAAGUUAAAUUUUUUGGAAAAAUUCCUGGCCAACAAAAUAGGAUUUUUUUUAUUGCAUUAUUCAUGGAUAAAUUAUCUGCAUGGGUAGCGCUUCGACUAUUUGGUAGAUUACAAAUCCCAAAUAGGGAUUAACACAUCCCAUCAUCCCUCUGGUUAUUAAAACGCAUACCUGGGGGAAGUCGAACAGUGGUCGUGCUUAGUGUCGGCUCUCCAAUAUCGAGUGAAAUGUGGAGCUUCCACGGCGUCACCGGGUGGUCAUAGUCCGCAGGGUCAUUGCAGCUGAUGCUGUCCACAACCCAACCGUCGCAUCCUAACGCAUCCCAAAAACGUGGCGGUCAACAACUGCCCUUAAUUUUUUUUAUCUGUCCUUAGCUCCUCGUCUUGGUUGUAGAUCUAUGGGUGCCCGCUCCACAGAUGGUCUGGCACAAUGCCAAGGCGUGUUUUGAGAAGGGAGUUUUUAAAAUGUAACGUGAUGGUACCAAACGUUUUGUUUGCCACUGUUUGUUAAAAGGAAGGGUCUUGAAAAACACAGACGUAGCCCGUGCGUGCAGAGGCACAUGUGAUGUCAUGGUGGUAACUCGUGGAUGUUGCUAUGUAAACUUGUAGCUACAAGCGCGCGCACCCCUUCAUGUUAUAUAACGGUCUCCCUGCUCCAACUGUUGCUUGAGGCGGUGCUCAUCUGCUCAGGCCGCCCUAAGCCAUUGGUGGAAUUUCCUUGUGACCAUAUUGGGAGCGAGACUGGACCCCACCACCCCCUGUUGACUAAGCACAAGGGGAACUUUUCUCGAGCGACCCACAGGGACGAUGGGUCGCAUGAACCCCUGCACGGAACUAGAACUUAGAACCCUCCAAUCGGGCGUCAAAAGCUCUCCGACCAGUCACGGCUGACCAAAUUUAUACAUUGACUUCACGGCUGAAAUUUCAAUAAGCAUGAGCAUAACAUAACCGUUAUUAAUGCAGUUUACAGCAACUUAAUGACCCUAUACAAUAAUGCGCAAUUGGGUAAAAAAAACCUCUCAAAAGUAAUGUUUCAAGUCAUGUUUCUGCAAUUUUGAAAAAUCAUAAACACACUGAACCGUGUCACCAGAGUGAUUUUGAUCAUUCUUACCAGGGCUCUUGAAUAGAGGUCACUUGCCAGAUGCACAACCAUAGCCUUAUCGCUGUCCUAAAAUAAAUUUCCCACUCCCACCAAGUUUAGGGGCAGUCACAAUUCACCCAUGAAUGCCCUCUUCGUUUUUAUUAUAUUUUCUUUUCUACGUUUUGAAAUUGUCUACCCAACACUGCGCGUGUUUCGCUAUCUCUAUAUAUUAGCCUCGCUUCCCACACGACGUGUCAAAACAGUACUCCCAGUACGUGCAAAGCAUUUUGUACGCGUAUUAAGAAUAAUGAUACAUUAAGAGUCAAACGCUUGGAGUAUUUUAUACAUACUGACUAGAUGUCCACAUUGAGUUGAGGAAGUGAAAAAAACUACUUUUAAAAACAAUAAUAUAAAAAAUCACGUAAUAAAAAUAAGUAAGGCUUUGUUUUUGAAAAGCAAAAAAUUAAUAAUCAUGCACACUGUAUUGGACUGUUAAUAAUACACCGUUGGAGUCUACGCGUGUACAAUGCCAUGCUUUGCGAGAGACGCCCAGCAUGUCUACCUGUAUAUGUACGUACGUUUUGUAUGUAUAUGUAUGUAACGUGCUUGUGCAGCCCAGAUAAGGGAUGCGGCGGCCCCCUGAUGUGUAUGGUUAAUGGCGUGAGAGUGGUUUAAUUGAUGAUGUGGUUUGAACGUCUGGGAGGGGUCACAGCUGUAAGCACUCACGGACAAGAGUUCAGUUAAUCCAUCACAGUUUUUAACGGAACUGUAUACUAUUUUGUCACAUAAUUUUAAACAAUAAAAAAAACAUUUUAAAAAUGUA